AUGAUCGAAGAAUCAAGGCAGGAAUGGUCUAAAAUUGAAGAGCUCGAGUCAACAUUCAGCGAACUCGAAGCGGCCAAUAAUGCACGAAUCAGAGAUUUGCAAGAAAAAUUACGAGAAAACGAACGUGCUCGUCAUAAGGAUGGCUCGGAUAAUUUGGAAGCGGGAUUAGCACAUAUGGAUUCAAACCAAAUGGAUCCGGCUACCAUGAAUCUUAAAUUAAAGAUGGCUAAUAUGAAAGUCGCUGUAUAUCGUUCGUUGUACGAGGCCAGAUUGAACACGUAUAAAAUCGAUACGCCUAUACAAUCGACUAGAUCUUUAACUGAUAGACCAACUCAGUCCAGACAUACCUUUCUCAGAAGCGGCAAACGAAAACGCCCUUUAUUGGAAAUAAAUGAAGAGUGCAGCAGUAGUGAUUACAGCGUUGCAGUUCACAUUGCUAGAGGUGACGGAGAAAUUACAAAUGUGACUCUUCAAGAACUUCCACGAUUUAUAAGAUUCAGUAUUAACAAUAAGAGCAAUAAGGAAAUAAGUUUGAGCGGCUGGCGGAUUAAUUUCAAAAUUGGUGCUUUUCGAAAAGAUUUCGAGUUAAAUUGUGAGCUCGGAGUAAUUCAUCCUUUAGCAGUUUCUGUAAGGAUACAGUAUUUGGCAACGAUGCUAUCACCCAACUCCAUUAUGGCAGCAGAUAACAUAACUAUAACUCUGAUCAAUAACGAAGGAGAAGUAUGCAUUACCAUCAAUUAUCCUUAA